GGGAAGUGGGUCUGUCGGUCGGUCGAGAACGAGGCUCGGACUGCCAGGCCAGCGCGGAGCCGUUGCCAUGGCAGCCGCCGCCGGGGGCGCGGGCGACGAGCCGCGCUCGGGCGGCUCGAGCUCGGAUGGCGAGUGCGCGGUGGCGCCGGAGCCGCUGGCAGAAGCCGAGGGCCUCUUCUCUUUCGCGGACUUGGGGUCCGCCCUGGUCGGUGGCGCAGGCCUUCCGGGCCGGGCGUCCGGGGGCUCCGAGUCCCCGCUGCGCUUCCUCCAUGUCCUGUGGCAGCAGAACGCGGAGCCGCGCGAUGAGCUGCGCUGCAAGAUCCCGGCCGGCCGGCUCCGGCGCGCCGCCAGGCCGCACCGCCGGCUUGGGCCCACGGGCAAGGAGGUGCACGCCCUAAAGAGACUGAGGGAUUCAGCCAAUGCCAAUGAUGUGGAAACAGUGCAGCAGCUGCUGGACGAUGGCACGGAUCCCUGUGCAGCUGAUGACAAGGGCCGCACUGCCCUCCACUUCGCUUCCUGCAAUGGCAAUGACCAGAUUGUACAGCUGCUUCUGGACCAUGGGGCUGACCCCAACCAGAGGGACGGUCUGGGCAACACACCACUGCACCUGGCGGCCUGCACCAACCACGUCCCUGUCAUCACCACGCUGCUCCGAGGAGGGGCCCGUGUAGAUGCCCUGGACAGAGCUGGCCGCACACCCCUGCACCUGGCCAAGUCGAAGCUGAACAUCCUGCAGGAGGGCCAUUCUCAGUGUCUGGAGGCUGUGCGGCUGGAGGUGAAGCAGAUCAUCCAUAUGCUGCGGGAGUACCUGGAGCGCCUGGGGCAGCACGAGCAGCGGGACAGGCUGGAUGACCUCUGCACCCGGCUCCAGAUGACCAGCACCAAAGAGCAGGUUGAUGAGGUGACUGACCUCCUGGCCAGCUUUACCUCCCUGAGUUUACAGAUGCAAAACAUGGAGAAGAGGUAGCAAGAGCCCCCCCACACACACACCUGCCACUGCCACAGCCACAGCCCUGCCCCCUCUGCUCUCUUCUACAAAGAAAAAGCCCAGGGGACUUUGGAACUCCACUUCUCCUCAUCCUCAAGACGCUGGGGACCGCCGAGUCACACUCUUCGCCACCUGAGCCGCUCCCAGUCAGUCUCCAUCAUCUCCGCAGAUCACCUUUGCUGCACGAGGCACCCUGCAGCCGCACUUCAGCUCUGGCUGACGUGCGCCACCGUCCUCAGGCCUCCCGCACCCUCAGCAGGCCCCGAAGCCUUCUUCCUGCUCCUUCCCAGCUAAGGGCUUGUUGCUGCCGGCUGGCUUCCGGCAUGUACUCUCAGGCCACCACAAGCUUCUUGGCUGGCCCUGGCCCUUUCUCCAGCACUGAGGUUUUAGCUCGUUGCCUGACUUCUGAGGAGACAUUGCAUCAGUUUCUCUGGUCAGAAGCAGGGAGGGUUGGUGAGGCCUAGGCCUUAAAUAAGGUUAGGGAGCAUCCCACUGACUCCAAAAGGAAACGUUCCCCAACCCUUCCCCUGACGGUCACUGAAACAGCAGGAGGGGUUUGGUUUGCUGCUAGUUGUCACAAGCUGAUUGUAGGCAUCUAGGGAUGCCUAGGUCCUCAUCCAGGAUCCUGUGGGCUGGACCCCACAUGGCCGGGGAGGCUUUGUGGCUACAACUAAGUCUUCACACACACAUGGUCUGGAAUUAUCAAGGUGGGCUGGAUGAGAUCGUAGAGGUCAGUAUUAAGGGAAACAAGCAGAUGUGCUAAUAUGAGCAAUAAGUUGGGAGGGUUCAGGCACCCAUGGCUCAAGGCUAUAAUGCUGGCUACUGAGGAGGCUAGGAUC